CAGGGGAUCCCGAGGAAGGAGGGAGGGAGUAAGGAAAGAUAAUUCAGGUCCAAGUCCUUGACCCCGUACCCUUUUCCCCUUAUCACCUCCUGGGAAGCUGCUCGGGAGCAUGAGGGUGGAGACCGAGGAGUGAGAAUCUUAUCCCUCUCCCCCAUUCCCUUCGCUCCCCUCAGCCCGACCUGUCCAGUUUAGCAGGCUCAGCUUAGCUAGUGCCUCCAACUUGCCUUGGGGGAUGGGAUGGGCUUGGGGAAGGGAGGUUUGGAACCCAAGACCGGAUAGGGAGGUCAGAGGCCUCGAAACCUCAGCCCGGCCACGGAAUAAAUAAAUGAUGGCUAUUUAAAUAAAUAAAGCAUCCCUCCUUGGGUCCCUCCCGCGCAGCCACCUCGGAGGGGCGGGUAGAGGGAGGAAUGGGGCGGGGGGCGCCGGCUCGCUGCGCAGCCCCAAGUCCCACCUUAAGAGGCGGUGCCUGGCGGCGGGGAGUGUCAGGAAGAGGAAGAGGCUAGGGAGCGGAGCGGGAGCGAGGGAGCCAGUGGCCGAGGCAGUGGCGGGGCGGGCAGCCCGGCAGCGCAGCAGAGAGAGCAGCUCGGCGCCGCGCAAGCAACCGCCCGCGCAGUCCUGCCCAGCGCCGCGGCCGCAGCGCAGCCCGGCCGUGCCCAGUCCGAGCCCAGCGGCGUAGCUCGCGGUGCGGCGCGGCCAGACCCCUGGCCACAAUGGCCACCGACGAGCUGGCCACCAAGCUGAACCGGCGGCUGCAGAUCGAGGACGGCGGCGAGGGCUCCGAUCACGAGCAGGGGCAGGAGCAGCGGCCGCAGCCCGGGCUCAACGGGGCCGCGGCCGGGGCAGGGCCCGGGGCGCCCGAAGAGCCCGGGGAUCCGCUGGCCAGCGCGGACUGCGAGCUCAGCGCCAAACUGCAGCGGCGUGCAGACCUCAACCAGGGCAUCGGCGAGCCCAUAUCCCCCAGCCGGAGGGUCUUCAACCCUUACACCGAGUUCAAGGAGUUCUCCAGGAAGCAGAUCAAGGACAUGGAGAAGAUGUUUAAGCAGUAUGAUGCUGGCCGAGAUGGCUUCAUAGACCUGAUGGAGCUGAAGCUCAUGAUGGAGAAGCUCGAAGCCCCUCAGACACACCUGGGUCUGAAAAACAUGAUUAAAGAAGUAGAUGAAGAUCUUGACAGCAAACUGAGCUUCCGGGAGUUCCUCCUGAUUUUCCGGAAAGCGGCCGCAGGGGAGCUGCAGGAGGACAGCGGGCUUCACGUUCUCGCCCAGCGCUCUGAAAUUGAUGUCUCCACCGAAGGCGUUAAAGGAGCCAAGAACUUUUUUGAAGCCAAAGUCCAAGCAAUCAACGUCUCCAGCAAGUUCGAGGAAGAGAUUAAGGCGGAACAGGAGGAACGGAAACGACAGGCCGAGGAGCAGAAACAGAGAAAAGCCGCCUUCAAGGAGCUCCAGUCAGCCUUCAAGCAGUGAGCGGGGGUCAGGCUGGGGCCUGGCCACCCCCUCCACGCCCCUGCCCCGCUGGAGGCUCCAAGGAACGCUCUCAAGGAUAGGCCAAGUAGCUCAUGGUUGAACGGACCAAGUCCAAGAGCUGUUGCCUGUGAAUGAGGAGCCCACCUGGGCCUCAGCCCAACGUCCCAAGACCUGCCUGUUAGCUCUUCCUAUCCUCCCCUAACAGAGAGCCAUUCCCACCGGCAUCCUCACCUCCAGCAUCCUCACCUCCGUCCUCUAGGCACUCCACCCACUCCGGGAAAUCCCCUUCUGAUGUUAGUGCUGCCUUCCUGUUUUCUAGGCCCUCAGGACUCCCCUCCCAAUGCACGGGCUUCUCCUGCCAUCUUCUAGACCAGGUGUGGGCAUCGACCUCCCCUUUCUCUCUUUUCUCCUACCCCCUUCUCCUCCUUCUACUUUGCCCUCAUCUUGCUAUUCCUUCUGCCGACCCUGUCAGCCCCACACGGGACCCCUGCUUUGGAGCCAGCUACCAUCUCUUAUAAUGUAAAAAAGGGGAAAAGACUUAGCUCUCAUUCACCAAGAGGUCAAAGAGCAGAGAGAGGCAGCCUAGAUAGAUGGAACAUCAGAUCAGUGCACUAGAGCUGGAAGGGACUUCAGAGGGCAUCUGGUCAGAUACCAGCCUCCCAUUUUACAGAUAGGGAAACUGAGGCCCCAGGGAAAACUCUCACUUGUCCAAUAUCUCCCCACCAUUUCUUGCAAAGGCUCCAUUCCUUGCCCCCAGAUCUGGCAAGACAUCCUUGAAGCCCCAUGAUGAUGAUUCAAGCCAGGUUGAGAACAUCCUGAAGUUAUAGGCACCAAGCAUUCCCAGGCCCUAAGAUCUAACUCCUUGGAAGUUCUGGCCUGGGGUAAAGGAAAUUGGGGGAGGAGGGGCAAUUGAGACCGGGAGGAAUGGAUCAGUCCCAAA